AGAAAGAGAGAGAGAGAGACGAAGACAGCGAGAGAGAGAGAGAGAGAGAGAGAGAGAGAGAGGUUUUCUUCUCUGUAGUUCCUCCUCUCUAUCUGACACCGGCAGUCGGUUUUUCCUCCUCAGCUGUGGUGAAACUGCACCAGGUUGUGACAGCCAUGAUCACGAUGUGUUUGAGGCUGCUUUUGCUCCUGCCCUUGGUUUGCUGUGUCCCCUCCCCGUCAAAGGCGCCGUCCAGACUGUGCAGGCGAUGCUGUGACCAUCCAGAGCCUUCAGCAGCUACAGCUCAAUAUCAAAUGCCUGAAGUCCGACCCGUCAUCAACAUGACCAUCCUCAAAGGUGAUAAAGGAGACAAAGGAGACAAAGGUACACCUGGAAAACCAGGUCUGGAGGGCCCUCCUGGCUCCCGAGGACCCAUGGGCCCUAAAGGCAGCAAAGGCCAGGCAGGUGCUCCAGGUGACGCCUGCAAGAUCCAUUACUCCUCCUUCUCAGUGGGACGCCGCAAGUCCCUGCACAGCGUGGACUACUACCAGGCGCUGAUAUUCGACACUGUGUUCGUCAACCUCCACGAGCACUUCAACAUGUUCAAAGGCAAGUUCUACUGCUACGUGCCAGGGAUCUACUUCUUCAACAUCAACAUCCAUACCUGGAACUUUAAGGAGACCUACCUCCACCUGAUGCACAACGACAAGGAGCAGGUGAUCCUGUACGCCCAGCCCAGUGAGAGGUCUAUCAUGCAGAGUCAGAGUGUCAUGUUGGAUCUGGCUCUGAACGAUGAGGUGUGGGUGCGGCUCUACAAACGGGAGAGGGAGAACGCCAUUUACAGCGACGACGUGGAUGUUUACAUCACCUUUAAUGGAUACCUGGUAGCACCCAGCAUCCAGUGAAAGCAUCCCACUGGGAAAAAACAGUAGAUUGUGUAAUCUUUUUUCCCGUGGAUACACCUUUGUGGCAAGAAAGAAAAACUACAUAGAGAACAUUACAUGUUUGGUGCUUAUUAAAUAUUCCUUUCAGUCUGGAGAGGAAGAUGCUGUGUAAUCUUAAAUGAGGACUCCCCAGAAAUGGUAAAAUCCAAAUUUAAAAAAAAAACAAAAAAAACAAGGUAGCAAAGCACACAAUAAGGAGAAAUGCUGACAUACUUCUUUUGCACUAAAAAUAUUGUGUUUUUUUUGUAUAAAGUAAAUCUAAGUAAUAUCAUUAUUUUCUCCUGCUUCUGUGCUGUGCUGCUGUUCCUUCCUGGAUCUCUCCUUUCAGGGACUUUGUGUAAAAACACGAGUUGUAUCAGGAAUUCUAAAUCUGUGCAAUCAGUUUAUUGCAGCAUUUGUGGUGCGAUGAUUCUCAACACAGGCCAAGUAUCUGUCAGACUGACAUCUGUUCAGACAGACUGCUGUCAUUAGGGAUGCACAUGUUAGAUCUUUGCCGAUAUCUGGUGUAUUCCAACCAAUUUUUUUUGCCAAUUUCCGAUACGCACAUAUGCACAUAUAUUUUCCACCUAAUUGCAGCAAACAUCAGGUCUGUGCUGUCAUGGAAAUAACAUAUUACUAUUACUGUGCCUAAUCUUAUCAUGAUGGCCCUCUGGCAGGUGUAGAUACACAUUUACAACGCAAAAUAAGAAAACAAUGUCAACUUGUAAAACAUGCCAUAUUUAUUUUUAUGGAACAUUUUCUUACAAAACUGUAAAGCUGAGACCUGACGGGCAUUAUCUGACUGUCAGUGUUUGUUUUCAUUCAUUUUAUCCGCUGAUACUGGUGCUGAUAUCAUCAUGCAUUCCAAACUGUCAUAGCUUUAUCAAAUGUCUUUUUUUGUGCCAUUUGGACAAACACUUGAAAAGGGCAGUUUAUCAGUAUCGCAAGCAAAACAUUGUCCCACUUCCUCCAGAUACAGCAUCUGGGAGGAAAGUGGGACAGUGCAGAUAGUUUCAUAAGUUUUAUUUGCUGAAGCUAAGAGAGCCGCUAUCCUUGAAUAAUGGUGUAGUACAGUGACUCAUUCAGCUACUAUCACUUCACGGUUCCAGAGGUUUUAAGUUUCGCAGAGGUCUCUUGAGUCCAUGACUCAGUCAGAAUUAUACUCAGGUCUUAGAUCUGUGUGUCAAUAUGUCUCAUACCCAAGUAAACCUGAGUGGACACCAGCAUACUCAGUGUGUCAGCUAUAAUCUACUAUAGCCCUAUGCGGUGAUGAAAUUAGGUCAUUUCUAUACAUUAGUCUUUGGAAUAUCCAUUUCUACGACUUUAAAAUGGUUCCUAGAGUGUUUCUAUUAUAUUUUUGUUCUUUUUGACUACGACCACUUGUUAACUGAUAGCGGGUUCAUACUUGUUCGCUUUGGAAAUUAUUUUAUACAUUUUGAAUCACUGAAGAUUGGAGCCAGACAUCUGCAUGGUGGAACUUUGACUUGAAGAUUUUCCCACUGGUCGGUCCGUAGUGUAGGUGAGAGGACGGUACAGCAUCCUAUUUACCUUCAAUGGAGGAAACUAGUUUGACUCCAGGCCUGCAACUAACAAUCAUUUUCAGUACUGAUUAAUCUGUCAGUUAUUUUCUCAAUUCAUCAAUUGCUUAUUUGGACUACAAAUGUCAGGAGCUGGUGAAAAAUGUUGAUCUGAAAAAGAUGAUGUCUUGAAAUGUCUUGUUUUGUUCACAACCUGCAGAUAUUCAGUUUACAUCAUAGAGGAAAGAAGGCAGAACAUUUUCAAGCUUAAGAAGGUGAAAGAAACUGAUAAAUUAUUGUCAGAAUUGUUAGUGAUUGAUUCAACAAUUGACAGCAAAUCAGUAAUUUAUUUUUUGUUGCAGCGUCAAACAUCAAACUUGCUCUUGAGAGGUUGCUAGCGAUGGUGACAGUCAGUGGCCUCUUCUGUCUUUGAUCAAUCAAAUCUUCUCUCAAUGUACUGUUGGCAGUUCAAAUUUCAUUUUAAACUUGCAGUAUUUUUGUAAUUUUAAUGUACUGAAUAUAUAAAUACAUCCCGACAUAUCAAAUUAUACAAUUAAGGUGCUUUGUUAUGAAAUGCAGAGAUGCAUUUGAGGUUUUACAAUUAAAUAUCAUGCAUUCUUACAGAGACUUCAGACUGCAGAGCAGUUUAUGUAAAUAUCUGUAUAUUACCUGCCUUUAAUAGCUUUAUUAUGUGUUACCACUGAUGCUAUUGGGGCUCAGUUGUGUAUGUGUGUUUAUAUUUGUAAACAAUAUUUCCUCUUUCACAAGUUUUAUUCUCGUUCUGUAUCGCUAAGCAACAAAAUGACAGUUACUAGAAAUUAAAAGUUUCGUAAAUUCACAUGAAA